AUGGAUGGAGAAAAUCGCAUCAUUUUGAAUGUUGGUGGAAUAAGAUACGAAACAUACAAGGCGACGCUGAAGAAGAUCCCCGCGACUCGACUGUCUCGCCUGACAGAGGCGCUCGCCAACUACGACCCGGUGCUCAACGAGUACUUCUUCGAUAGACAUCCGGGAGUCUUCGCACAAGUCCUUAAUUAUUACAGGACCGGUAAACUCCACUACCCCACUAAUGUGUGCGGGCCGCUAUUCGAGGAGGAGUUGGAGUUUUGGGGGCUGGACUCCAACCAGGUGGAACCUUGCUGCUGGUCCACAUACAGCAUACAUAGAGAUACACAAAAUACCCUCGCAAUUUUGGACAAAUUGGACAUCGACAGUGAAAAACCUUCCGAGGAGGAAAUUGCGAGGAUCUUCGGUUAUGAGGAAGCCUACCUUGCAGGGGACCUGGGCAUUUGGCAAAGAGUUAAACCCAAAAUUUGGGCAUUAUUCGACGAACCAUCAAGUUCACCAGCUGCAAAGGUGAUAUCGGCGAUGUCGGUUUUCUUCAUCUGCAUAUCAGUUCUUUGCUUCUGCUUGAAAACCCAUCCUGACCUUCGAGUGUUCUACCCAUUGCCACUAGAAAGCUAUAUAGAGAACACUACCACGGUCAUCGAAGCUAAGCCUUGGCACGAUAACGGCCAGCCUCACGUGGCCUUCUUCUAUAUAGAGCUGGUAUGCAACGUGUGGUUCACCAUAGAAUUGCUGGUGAGAUCUGUGGUAGCCCCAAAUAUAAUAGAAUUUGUCAAAUCGCCAGUAAAUAUAAUAGAUUUUAUAGCCACAUUAAGUUUCUAUAUGGACGUUGUAGUGGAACUUACUGUGGUAGAGAGAGAUGUAAGCAAAGCUGAUAUCUUGGAGUUCAUCUCUAUUAUCAAGAUCCUCAGACUGUUCAAGCUGACGAGGCACAGCCCAGGGUUGAAGAUCUUGGUCCACACCUUCAAAGCAUCAGCAAAAGAAUUGACCUUAUUGGUGUUUUUUCUGGUCCUCGGCAUCGUGAUAUUUGCCAGCCUUGUAUAUUAUGCAGAAAAAUUACAGGAUAAUCCAGACAACCAGUUCAAAUCUAUCCCACUCGGUCUAUGGUGGGCCAUCGUCACCAUGACCACAGUGGGGUAUGGAGAUAUGGCUCCGAAGACGUAUCUGGGCAUGUUUGUGGGGGCCUUGUGCGCGUUAGCCGGAGUACUGACGAUAGCUCUUCCUGUGCCAGUCAUCGUGUCUAAUUUCUCAAUGUUCUACUCGCAUACACAGGUAAUUACAGCCCGUAGUUGGGAAGUUGGUGGUUUUUCACCCCCGUGCCUUGGAGAGCACGUAAAGUCAGUCCUGCGCCUUAACUUUCAUCGGUCGUGUCAAAGUAUCGUCCCACCGGAGUAUGAGAGUGACAGUAAUAGAGAU